CUCUCUCUCUCUCUCUCUCUCUCUCUCUCUGUGGGGAAAUUGGGUUCUUCUAGUCUGAUUUUGCUUCUGGUUUAGCCCUUUUUGAGGUAAUUUUAGUCGUCAAUGGCUUGUAUGAAACUGGGAUCCAAGCAAGAUGCAUUCCAAAGACAAGGGCAGGCUUGGUUUUGCACUACAGGCCUCCCGAGCGAUGUUACCCUUGAAGUUGGAGAUAUGACCUUUCAUCUCCACAUGUUUCCAUUGCUUUCCAGGAGUGGGUUACUAGAAAGGCUAAUUGGACAGCUCUCUAAUGAAGAAGAAGAGGGUGGUGGUGUGAUAAAGCUCCGUGAUAUACCUGGGGGUGCAAAAGCAUUCGAAUUAGUAGCCAGGUUCUGUUAUGGUGUGAAAUUGGAGCUCACAGCUGUCAAUAUUGUGUAUAUCUAUUGUGCUGCUAAUUAUUUGGAGAUGACUGAAGAAUAUGGGGAGGCCAAUUUGGUAUCGCAGGCUGAGGUUUUCCUCAAUCAGGUAGUCCUUCGUAGCUGGAAGGAUUGUGUCAGGGCUCUCCAAACAUGCGAGGAUGUUCUCCCUCAAGCUGGAGACCUCGGAAUAGUGAAGCGAUGCAUAGACUCUUUGGCCACAAAGGCUUGCACUGACCCUAACCUAUUCGGGUGGCCCAUGAUGGAGCAUGGUUCUAUGCAAAGCCCCGGUGGGAGCGUCCUAUGGAAUGGUAUAAGCACUGGAGCCAGGCUUCGAAACCCCAGUUCAGAUUGGUGGUAUGAGGAUGUAUCGGCCUUAAGCCUGAACUUAUACAAGAGGCUUAUCGCGGUCAUGACAUCAAGAGGAGUGAAGCCUGAGAUUAUAGCUGGUUCCCUCACCUACUAUGCUAAGAGGUAUUUACCUGGGCUCAACAGGCGACAGAGCAUAAGCGAGAAUAGCACGCGCCUCGUAUCAAUGGGUUCAGGGCCCACCGCCCCUUCAGAAGACGAGCAAAGAGUCUUAGUUGAAGAAAUCGAGGCAUUGUUACCCUCUGAGAAGGGUGUCACAUCAACGAAAUUCUUAUUUGGUUUGCUUCGAACCGCCAUGAUCAUAAAUGCUAGCCAGAAUUGUAAGGCAAAUUUAGAAAGAAGAAUAGGAUGGCAACUCGACCAAGCCACUUUAGAGGAUCUUUUGAUGCCAAAUUUUUCUUAUUCAGUUGACACACUUUAUGAUGUUGAAUGUGUGCAAAGGAUUUUAGAGCAUUUUCUGAAGAUGGAUCAGGCAAGUGGAGGAGGAGGGAUUUCCCCUACUUGCUCUAUAGAGGAUGAGAGGCUCAUGGGUUCACCAUCUUUGACGCCAAUUACCACUGUUGCGAAGCUUGUUGAUGGCUAUUUGGCGGAGGUGGCGCCUGAUAUCAAUUUGAAGCUCCCCAAGUUUCAGGCACUGGCGGCAGCGGUGCCUGAGUACGCCAGGCCUUUGGAUGAUGGGUUGUAUCGUGCAAUUGAUAUAUAUUUGAAGGCGCACCCAUGGCUCUCAGAUUCAGAGAGAGAACAGCUGUGCCGCCUCAUGGACUGCCAAAAACUCUCCCUCGAAGCAUGCACCCAUGCGGCACAAAAUGAGAGGCUCCCUCUAAGAGUUGUUGUCCAAGUUCUCUUCUUCGAACAAUUACAAUUAAGAACCUCCAUAGCUGGCUGCUUCUUAGUAUCAGAUAAUCUCGAAGGCUCAAGGCCUUUGUUAAGAAGCGGAAUUGCACCAUCAGGAGAGGGAGGGUGGGUUAGUGCAGUGAAAGAAAACCAGGUCUUGAAAGUGGGUAUGGAUAAUAUGAGGAUGAGAGUUUCAGAGCUUGAAAAGGAGUGCUCAAGCAUGAGGCAAGAGAUUGAGAAAUUGGGCAAACCGAGGGGGCCAUGGAAUAACGUCUCGAAGAGGUUGGGUUUCAGGUUUAAGUCUCAAAUAUGCAGUGCUCAAGAGGGUUCAGUGAGAAGUCAUGGCCGGUCGCCUUCUUCAAAGCAUUCCAAGCACAAGAAGAGCUCCUCCUUCGAUGGUUGAAGUCUCUCUCUCUCUCUUUCUUUCUCUCUCUCCCCCGCUUUCUUAGAGGCUGCUGUGCCCAAAAGGAGUUCUUCCAUUGAUGUAUAAGGCCUCUCUCUCUCUCUCUCUCUCUCUCUCU